UGUCGUGACAGCACAGCCGCAGCACACCUAAAAUUCAUUUCCAUAUUCACCAUCUUCGUCACCAGCAUGGUAGGGAUGUCAUCCCCGGUGCUGAUGACACGUUUCUUUAAAGCUAAUCGAUCACUCUAUGACAAAGCUCUUGUUAUUAUCAAGUGCUUCGCGGCCGGGGUCAUCCUUGCCACUUCAUUAGUCCACGUUAUGCCUGAUGCAUUCGACGCGCUAGCUGACUGCCACGUAGCAUCCAAGCAUCCGUGGAAGGAUUUUCCUUUCGCGGGCUUUGUGACGUUAGUUGGCGCCAUCCUGGCACUCUUGGUUGACGUGGCAGCCAGCUCGCACAUGGAGCAUCACGUGAGCUAUAAGGCUUUGGAGGGAGAAGAGGGGAAGGAGUUAGUUGGAGACAGUUACGACGGUUAUGAUGACGUGGAGAGAGUUGGGGUGGAAGAGGAAGUGGCGAGAUUGAAACAGAGGUUGGUGUCUCAAGUGUUGGAAAUUGGGAUAAUAUUUCAUUCGGUGAUAAUUGGAGUGACAAUGGGAAUGUCUCAGAAUGUUUGCACAAUAAGGCCACUCGUUGCUGCUUUGGCUUUUCAUCAGAUCUUUGAAGGAAUGGGUCUUGGUGGCUGUGUUGCUCAGGCAGGGUUCAGCUUUGGAACAAUGGCAUACAUGUGCCUCAUGUUCUCAGUGACAACACCAAUGGGAAUAAUCUUAGGGAUGAUUUUGUUCUCAGUGACUGGCUAUGAUGAUAAUAACCCUAAUGCAUUGAUCAUGGAAGGGUUACUUGGUUCAGUUUCUUCUGGGAUUCUAAUUUACAUGGCUCUUGUUGAUCUCAUUGCAGUUGAUUUCUUUCACAACAAGCUUAUGAACUCAAAUAGGAGGUUGAAAAAACUGUCUUUUCUUGCAUUAACUCUUGGCUCUGCUUCAAUGUCUCUUCUUGCUCUUUGGGCUUAAGCAUUUUGCAUGUGUUCAAAUAAUGUAAUGUCUAAUUGUAAAUACAAGCUAUGCUAUAAGGUUAAUAUAUAUGUAGGCUAAUUGUUUUCUUAA